GCGAAGCGACCGCGGUGUAGUUCGCCCUUGUCCGUCGUGCGACGCGUGUCUCCGCCGCGUAGCUGCUGAAUGUCGUUCGUUUCGUGUAACAGCAGCCACCAGCGCGUCGCCUCCCGGGUAUAAUAACGACGUAGCCGUUGUUCGCCGUCGCGGCGACCGCGGUGCGCCGCGUACAUCGCGUCUCGACGCCUUGUUAUAGUCGAUGACAGUUGUCGGUGUGGUCGUUCGUGUGUGAGACGACGGAGCGUGUGCGAAAAGUCAAGUAAUUCCGAGGAAGGGAGAGAGAGAGAGAGAGGAGGGAGAACGUUGAACGCGACCGGUAGUGUAAUUCGAGUGUCGUCGUCCGUCGCCUUUCUUCUCCAUCUUUCUCGCAACUGGAAAUUACGGAGUAGCGGAGGACGGAGGACACGACGUACGUCGCACAAGAGAUCAUCUCUUGGACAUAGGAAAAAAGUGGUAGAGAGCGACGAACACAGAGAAAAUCUCGCCGAUAAGACGAGGUGGUGGUUGUAAAUUAUUUGUCUUUUGGAAAACAUGAGUCCGCGUGUCGUGGCGAUAAAAUAAUCGCGGUGUUUACGUUUGCGAGUGUGAGAACUGGUGUUAAGUCGGGGAGAGAUCCGGAUGGUGCUCCGCAGUGGAUACUAAAUAUCUCGGUGGAUAUACUACUACUUAAGAGUGUAGCAUAUGGCCCUGGACUAUGGUACUACCAUUUACAAUAUGCACCACACGAAUCAACUAGAAGACGUGGGCUACAGAAGUGUCGAGAUCACGUCCGCCUUCACGCAUCUGCCUCAAAAGGAGAUGGCCAGGGAUACUCCGGGCUCGCCGAUGCCGCGACCGCGAAAUUUGGGCGCCGGCGGCGGGGGAGGCGCGGCGACGGCCACCCUGACUUCCGGUGCUUAUCACGCCGCAGCAACCGACACCGCCAACUUGCACGACCACGCGCUGCAGCAGAAGAUGCUCGAGCUACAGCAGCACCAUCACUUUCAACAGCAGAUCCUCCGGCAGCAAUAUCAGGCACAGGAACGACAUUUGGCUGAACUGCACGAGCAACAGAUGCAUCAACUCAAGCUCUGGGAGCAGCAGAAGCUAGAAGAGAAACGAGAAAAGGACAGACUGGAGGCUCUCAGGAAGAAGGACAAACACGAUCACAGCGCGAACGCGUCCACAGAAGUCAAGCAACGCCUUCAGAGCUUCCUGGUGAACAAGAAGCAGAGAGAGGCAGCCGCUGCGGCGAACGGAGCUGUACCUGGUACACCCGGAUACAGGAGCUGGUUGCAACCACAAUCUGAAUCAUCCAGCACCACGAAUGCGGCGCAUCCAUAUCGAAUGCCCAGUCCAGAGUUCGGAACCACAAUCGCCUCGGAGCCGAACCUGCUGAAGGUGCGACUAAAACAGCGCGUGGAGAGGAACAUGGCAGCGUCGAGAAACUCACCCCUGAUGGCACGUCGGAAGGACCGCCUGCUAUCGCACCUCAAGAGGAAGUCGUUACUAGCAAAUUCUGGCAGCAAUCCUGAAUCCGGGCCUAACUCUCCUCCGACUGUGAACAAUUCUCAAGCCAGUCCCACUGCUGGAAGCAACACGGCGAUACAGGAAGAAGGUGAGAGUCCUGCGUACGGGGGACGUCUUACCAGUAGUAGUCAGCAAGGCAGCCUUUCGGAUCUUUCGCUCUUCAGUUCACCGUCCAUGCCUAACAUCUCGUUGGGUAGACCCCAUGUGCCGUCGAGCUCAUCGAGUGGGACGAAACUGGCGCCGGUUUCGGAGGCGGAAGUCCGCGCCGCGUUCACGGCACGUCUCGGGAUGCCGCUCACCGGUCAGAUGCUGCACGGCACCCUACCGUUCUAUCCGUCCUUGACGGUCAUCGAAGGCGAACCGGCGUACAUCCACAAGCAGAUCCAGCAGAACCUGCAGGAGCAAACGGCGCCGCCGCCGUCCGCGGCAGCGGGCAGCAGGCAGCAUCCGGCGGCGGCUGCGGCAACGGUGUAUCACACCGCGCCGCCAAUCACGGAUACACAAGUAGCUCACGCGAGACUUCAUAAGGCUGGUCACCGGCCUUUAGGUAGUAGAACCCAAUCCGCGCCACUGCCCCUGGGUCACCCAAUGUUGCAGGGCGGGAUAAUCGCACCGACCACCCAUUAUGAGGAAUAUCUCGCGGAGAAACAAAUACACGAUCAACAACAGGCACACAACUAUCUGAAACAACAGAUCCGUCAGACGGUGCUAACGCGAGUGGGCUCGCGUGGCCAAGCUAAUCAACUGGACGAGGCACCGGAAACCGAAGAGUCUGAGGUGAUAGAUCUCACGGGAAAGAAAGAUCAUCCUGAAGAGAGCGAGAUCUCGAAGCAGCAGAGGGAUCGCGAACAGUUUUUGCAACAGCAAAGAGAUCUCAUGAUGAGACAUACGCUGCAGACGAACGAAUCAACCGUCUACGCCGGAAGUAGGACUUCUCAAUCAGCCAGACCGCUCUCGAGAGCGCUUUCGAGUCCUCUUGUACACUUAGGUCCUCAGGGCAACAGCGGCGAUAUGUUCGCACGAGUUUCUCCUCAUCGACCAACUACUGGAUUAGCAUAUGAUCCGUUGAUGCUGAAACAUGCGUGUGUUUGUGGCGAGACGGUCAGAGGUCAUCCUGAACAUGGUGGCCGAUUACAGAGCGUGUGGGCCAGACUCUCGGAGACGGGUCUCUUGCAGCGUUGCGAUCGAGUGCGCUCUCGCAAAGCUUCGCUCGAAGAAAUCCAAACAUGCCACAGCGAGGCGCAUGCACUCUUAUUCGGAACGAAUCCAUUGAAUCGACAAAAGCUAGAUAUGUCCAAGCUGUCGCAAUUACCCAUCAAGAGCUUCGUUCGACUUCCUUGCGGCGGAGUUGGCGUUGAUUCCGACACAACGUGGAACGAACUUAAUACUGCUCCCGCCGCUCGAAUGGCAGUAGGAUGCGUCGUCGAACUUGCGUUCAAAACGGCAUUAGGCGAUAUUAAGAAUGGCUUCGCUGUAGUGAGACCACCUGGACAUCAUGCAGAAACUAACCAGGCUAUGGGCUUCUGCUUUUUCAAUUCAGUGGCGAUUGCAACGAGACUUCUGCAGCAAAAACUCGACGUUAGAAAAAUUUUAAUCUUAGAUUGGGACGUUCAUCAUGGAAACGGCACCCAGCAAAUGUUUUACGACGACCCGCGAGUUCUGUACCUGUCGAUACACAGACACGACGACGGUAAUUUCUUCCCUGGAACCGGCGGACCCACCGAGUGCGGCGCCGGCGAGGGUCUCGGCUAUAAUGUGAACGUGGCGUGGUCCGGCGGUCUGAAUCCGCCUAUGGGCGACGCGGAGUAUCUCGCGGCGUUUCGCACGAUCGUUAUGCCGAUAGCCAAAGAGUACGAUCCGGACCUCGUGAUCGUCUCGGCCGGCUUCGACGCGGCCGUGGGACAUCCAGCGCCGUUGGGCGGUUACAAAGUCAGUCCGGCGUGUUUCGGCAAGAUGACACAGCAGUUACUUAAUUUAGCUGACGGCAAAGUCGUUCUCGCCUUGGAAGGUGGCUAUGAUCUGGCGGCAAUCUGCGAUUCGGCGCAGGAGUGCGUCCGGGCGCUGCUUGGUGAUGAGCCUAGUCCACUUCGAGACGAAGAACUCGCGAGAAUUCCCUGUCAAAACGCCAUCGACACGUUGCAGAAGACCAUCGCCAUUCAGAUGUCACAUUGGCCUUGCGUAAAACUCACUGCUCAUACAGUCGCGAUGAGCGCGAUAGAAGCAAGCCAAAAAGAACACGACGAAACGGAAACGGUAUCUGCGAUGGCCUCUCUAUCUAUGCAGCAGCCUACGAACCUCACAACCACGCCAGAACAUUCCCGAGAGGUUUCCGAGGAACCAAUGGAACAAGAUGAGGCCAAAUGAAACGCAUGAAGAUUAUUCUGCUAGAUGUAGAAAGCAUAAUUUUCAUUGAACUGUGUAAAUGCUCUUUGGGAUAACUAGAAGUGCAUUUCUCAGUGCAAAUCGAGGGACUAUUGUCGCACACGGCUACUG